AUGGAGAUUCUUAAAGCAACUAUCUGCCGUGUGUGGUGCAACAAUACCCUUGUAGGAAUUGACGAACGGCCCAGUAUUGGGUCAAUAUCGGCAAACGAGGCUCGAUAUUGGUACGACAGUGGUAGCCAGUACUGGGCGAAUAUAUUAAUGAUUAGAUCGAGCCAACGCUGGCUCCUUAAGCUCGGCACGAUACUUACUUCCGAGAUUGGUCAGAUAUGGAUUUCAAGCGUUACCGUGGCCACGGAGAAGACGGCUUGCCUGAGGUCAUCCGGUAGCAAGUGCGAGCACCGCUGUUCGGGCGAUCAGGAUCCUGUAUGCGGCACCGAUGGGCGUACCUACUUGAACAAGUGCAUGCUCAGGGUGGAGAUCUGUCGGGUCGGAAUCGAGCUGUCUCAUCUCGGACCUUGCAACAAUAUUUCGGCCCAUCGGGAGAACUGUCCGGUCUCGUGCGAUAUCGCGCCCCUAGACGGACCUGUUUGCGGAAGCGACGGAAACGUCUACAAGUCCACGUGUCAGAUGAAACUGCUCACUUGCGGCCAAGGCGUCGUGCGUACAAAUAAGAAGCACUGCCAGACCACAAGACAUUGUCGUGAAUCGUGCUGGCGUGGUGCCAAGCCUGCCUGCGGUAGCGACGGCAUUUUAUACUCGAACACCUGCAAAAUGCGAGCGAAGAACUGCGGCAAGCACGUAUUCGAGGUGCCGAUGUCGUUCUGCGUGUCUCGGGAACGGACGUCCGGAAGCAACGCGUGUCCCUUGGACUGCAAGAACGAGCCGGAAGUGUCGGUCUGCGGAUCGGACGGAAAUAUAUACAGGAACGAGUGCGAGAUGCAAAUGCUGAACUGCGGACACGCGAGACGAAAAGUAACGGUAGCGGACUUCGAGAAGUGUCGAUCCCGGCUGACGAAGUGCAUGAAGCAGCAGCAGAGGUGCGGAAGCGAGGUGGAUCCGGUUUGCGGUAGCGACGCGAACACGUACCCGAAUCAGUGCCACUUGAACGUGGCGGCCUGCUUAAAGGGCAUCCAAUUGGCUCACGUAGGCGAGUGCACGACCUUGAAGGAGACCGAACAGUGCCCCGAAGAUUGCGCCGAAGUACCCGAGGAACCAGUUUGUGGAAGCGACGGCAACGUUUAUCGGUCCCUGUGCCAUCUGCGGCGUGAGACCUGCGGCCAGAGGGUGGUUCAAGUUCCGGCGCAACAUUGUCGCACCACCGCGCUCUGCAACCAGAUCUGCAGCGGGGAACGUCAGUUUGUUUGCGGUUCCGACAACAAGCUCUAUCGUAACGAGUGCGAGAUGAAGAGGGACAAUUGCGGUAAACAUGUUUACGUGGUGCCUAUGAAGCGAUGCGUCCAAGGAUUUCUUUUCCGCGGCUGCCAGAAGAUCUGUCCGCCUUAUUACGACCCGGUGUGCGGCACCGACGGGAUGACGUACAGCAACGAGUGCUUCCUGGAGAUCGAGAACUGCCGCAGCCGAAGUCUCGUAACGAAGAAGUAUCACGGGGUGUGCGGCCAACCUACGGAAGAGCCGAAAAAUUAUCUCUAUUGA